AUGGCUAAAUCCUCAAAUCUUCUCCUCUGUCUCUCAGUUUUCAUCUUCAUCAUCACUGAAUCCCCCACCUUGGCUCAAACAUGCUUCAACUACAAAUUCUCCAGCAACCGUCUCUUUGAAUUCUGUAACGACCUCCCUGUUCUUGAUUCCUUCCUCCACUACACUUACGAUUCUUCUUCCGACAAUCUUCAAAUUGCUUAUCAUCACACAAAGCUAACUCCUAGAAAAUGGGUUGCAUGGACCGUAAAUCCCACAUCCAACAGCAUGAUCGGAUCUCAAGCCAUUGUGGCUUAUCCACAGUAA